UGACCAGCUUCAGGCUUGGCUUUGAAGAGAAGCUGGCGCCAGUGGUUUUGUGUGCUUUGCUGCAAGUGCUGCUGCAGGGAGCUGAGUAGAGAGCAUAGGCCAGCUGGAAAACCACGAUAUGAAUGCAGUGACCUAUGAUGAUGUACAUAUUGAUUUCACACUGGAAGAGUGGACUUUGCUGGAUCCUUCCCAGAAGAAUCUCUACAAAGAUGUGAUGCUCGAGACCUACAGGCACCUCACUACUAUAGGAUACAGUUGGGAGGACAAUAAUAUUGAAGAAUAUUGUGAAAGUUCUAGAAGACAUAAAAGGCAAGAAAGAAGUCAAACUGGAGAGAGACCUUCUGUACAUACUCAAUGUCUUAACACCUUUGCAUAUCCCAGUACUGUUCAAUGGCAUAAAAGAACACAUACUAGUGAGAAUCCUUAUGAAUGCAAUCAAUGUGUUAGAGCCUUUGCAAAUUAUAGUCAUCUUCAAAUGCAUAGAAAAACAGACACUGGAGAGAAACGCUAUGAAUGCUUUCAAUGUGGUAAAGCCUUAGCAUGUCAAAAAAAUCUUCAAAUGCAUGAAAGAACACACACUGGAGAGAAACCCUAUGAAUGUAAUCAAUGUGGUAAAGCCUUUGCACGAUACAGUAAUCUUCAAAGACAUAAAAGAACGCAUACUGGAAAGAAACCGUUUAAAUGUAAUGAUUGUGGUAAAGCCUUUGCACAAUACAGUAAUCUUCAAAUUCAUAAAAGAAUACAUACUGGGGAGAAACCCUAUGAAUGUAAUCAAUGUGGUAAAGCCUUUGCUCGAGACAGUCAUCUUCAAAGACAUAAAAGAGCACACACUGGAGAGAAACCCUAUGAAUGUAAUCAGUGUGGUAAAACCUUUGCAGAUGACAGUACUCUCCGAGUACAUAAAAUAACCCAUACUGGAGAGAAAUCCUAUGAAUGCAAUAAAUGUGGUAAAACCUUUUCAUGGCAGAAAAGUCUUCAAAUGCAUAAAACAACACACACUGGAGAGAAACCCUAUGAAUGUACUCAGUGUGGUAAAGCCUUUGUAUGGUACAGAAGUCUUCAAAUGCAUAAAACAACACACACUGGAGAGAAACCCUAUGAAUGCACUCAAUGUGGUAAAACCUUUGUAUGUCAACAAAGUCUUCAAGUGCACAAAAGAACGCACACUGGAGAGAAACCCUAUGAAUGUAAUCAAUGUGGUAAAGCCUUUGCACAUGCCAGUACUCUUCAAAGACAUGAAAGAACACAUACUGGAGAGAAACCCUAUGAAUGUAAUCAGUGUGAUAAAACCUUUGCAGACGACAGUACUCUCCGAAAACAUAAAGUAACCCAUACUGGAGAGAAAUCCUAUGAAUGUAAUUAUUGUGGUAAAGCCUUUGCACAAAACAGUAAUCUUCAAAGCCAUAAAAGAACACAUACUGGAGAGAAAUCCUAUGUAUGUUAUCAAUGUGGUAAAGCCUUUGCUAGGCAUAAUAAUCUUCAAGUGCAUAAAAGAACACAUACUGGAGAGAAACCCUAUGAAUGUAAGCAAUGUGGUAAAGCCUUUGCUGAUUACAGUCGUCUAAAAAGGCAUAAAAGAACACACUGGAGAGACAGCUUAUGAACUUAUUCAGUGUCAUAAAGCCUUUACAGACCACUAUCAUCUCUGACUACGUGAAAGAAACCAUACUGGAAAGAAACUGUAUGAUGUAAUCAGUGUGGUAAAGCCUUUGCAGAUCACAAUAGUCUCCAAAUACAUGAACGAACCCACACUGGAGAGAAACCCUAUGAAUGUAAUCAAUGUGGUAAAGCCUUUGCACUAAACAGUCAUCUUUAAAGUCAUAAAAGAACACAUACUGGAAAGAAAUCCUUUGUAUGUAAUGAUUGUGGUAACUCCUUUGCACAAUACACUAAUCUUCAUAGUCAUAAAAGAACACAUACUGGGUACAAACCUUAUGAAUGUAAGCAAUGGGGUAAAGCCUUUGCAUGUCCCAACACUUUUCAAAUGCAUAAAAGAAAACAUACUGGGGAGAAACCCUAUGAAUGUAAUCACUGUGGUAAAGCCUUUGCACAUCUCUUUACUCUUCAAAGGCAUAAAAGAACCCACAAAAGAGAGAAACCCUAUGAGUGUAAUGAUUGUGGUAAAGCCUUUGAAAUUCUCAGUAUUUUUCAGAUGCAUAAAAGAACGUAUACUGGAAAGAAGCUCUAUGUUUGUAGUCAACGUUAAAGCCUUUGAAUGUCACAGUAGUCUUCAGAGGCAUAAAAGAACACUUACUGGAGAGGAAAACUAUGAAUGUAAUCAGUACACUCAAGCUUUUUUGUCACAUUAGUCACUGAAAACAUGAAAGAACAUAUACUGCAGAGAAACUCUCGCCCAGCCACAUGACUUCCUCAUCACUGCCUGUCUAUGCAGACCUCCAGGUCUCUAUGGUUGAUACUGGGAUUAAAGGCUCAUGCCACUACCUUGACUGUGUCCUUGACCACACAGAGACUCUGUCUGCCAUGUGAUCAGAUUAAGGGUAUGUGCUACCACCACCUGACCUCUGCUUGACCUCUUAUCUCCAGACAAGGUUUGGCUGUGUAGCCCUGGAUGUCCUGAAAAUACACUUCUGUACACCAGGAUGGCCUCAAACUCAGAAAUUCCCUUGACUGUGGAUCCCAAGUCCUAGGAUUAACAGUGGACCAGCAUUAUUUUUUUAUAUUAUUGGGUGAUGGGCUUGGAAGGACACAGUUGGGAAGACCAUAAUGUUGAAGAAUGUUGUGAAAAUUCUAGAAGACAUGAAAGGGAAUUUUCCUGUGCAAGGUGAUACAAAUUUGACUCUGAAGAAAUUGUAAUAUGUCCUGGAAGUUUUAAACAAAAGCAGCAGUGUAAAUAGGCAUAACUUAAAGUACAUCAAUAAUUAUUAAAUUUUCACAAAACUGUAUACCUCAAUUUCAGGUAGGUGAAUUGCAUUUGCAAGGCAUUCUUUCAAGAAAAAAAGACAAGGUCACAAUGCCUAAACAGAUAUCACCAUUUGAAUAAUAGCUCCAAGAGGGCUAUGCUGUAGAACUGUCAAUCCAUUGAAUUCAUGCUACUCAUAUUACAAAAGUUUUACACACUGAAGAGAUGAUAAGUAUAUCUCCAAAACCUUCUAAUAAGCAAAUAGCCCAUAGUAAAGCUAAUUUUGCUCAUAUGCUUGCUUGUUUUGACUGUACUAAGUGUAGUGAGAAAGGCAGGUUGAGUGAAGAGUCAAGGGGCUGUUGCUGUGGAGAAAUUUUAAUCCCUAUACCACAAGUCUACAAGAAACAGAAAGUCAAACUGUGAAUUAAAUGUGGAAAACUUACUUGUUAUUCUUCCUUUCUUUCUUUUUUUUUAAGAUUCAUUUAUUUAUUAUGUAUACAGCAUGUAUGACUGCAAGCCAGAAGAGGGCACUAGAUCUCAUUACAGAUGGUUGUGAGACACCAUAUGACUGCUGGGAAUUGAAUUCAGGACCUCUGGAAGAGCAAUCAGUGCUCUUAACCUCUGAGUCAUCUCUCCAGCUUUGUUAUUCUUCCUUUACUAGUUAUACCAUAUGUUACUCUGGAUACAAGCCAUAUGAGCAUAGGGGCAUGGAAUAAUGUAACAUACCUCUCUCUCUCUGAACAAUUAGAAGAUAUGUAGCAGACCCUGUGUUCAGUAAACAUGUUGAAUUUGAUUCAAGUAUACAAGUAAUUGAUUUUCCAGCUUGCUUAUUAAUACAUCAACUAACCCACACUGCAGAAAAGUUCUAUGAGUUCUAGGACUGUGUAAAUACUACUGUUUGUCCUAGUUCUCUUAGCAAAUGUAGUGUGACUCACAGUACAGGAAAAUUUAUGAAUGCAAUAAGGGUAGUCAAGCUCUGAGUUUCUCCAGUUCUUGUCAAAUGUGUGAAGAAUCUCAUAUAGAAAAAAAAUUUGUAAAUGCAAACCAUAUAAUAAAGGAUCUAACCAUACAGAUAUCUUCAAAGAUGCAAAAUAACCCUUAAUGAAGGGGAACAACAUGAAUGUAAACACAGUGAUAAAAGCUUAAGCUUUGAUUCCUCUUUCCAAUUGGACCAAAUUGUAAAAUUAAUUAAUACACAUUUAAAGAUUCAACAGUGUAUUAAAUGUUAUAAAGCUUUUACAUUUGCCAGUUAUCCUUGCAGGCAUGAAAGAAGCUGAACUUGAGGAAAAACUGCAUAUUCUUAAUAUUAUAAAGCCUUUGUAUCUCACAACCAUCUUCAAAGUCAUAUAAGAACACACACUGGAGAGAAAUCCUAUGCAUGUAAUCAGUGUGGUAAAGCCUUUUCAUAUUAUAAUGACAUUCAAAGGCAUAAAAAACACAAACUGGAGAGAAACCAUAUGAAUAUAAUCAAUGUGGUAAAGCCUUUGCUCACCAUAGUAUUCUUUAACUGCAUAAAAGAACACAUACCGUGGAGAGAUACCCUGUGAAUGCAAUUAAUGUGGUAAAGCAUUUGCAUUUCUUAGUCAUCUUCAGCUCUAUAGAAGAACACAUUUGGAGAGAAACUAUAUCAAUGUAAUUAAUGUGGUAAAACCUUUAUAUAUCAUAGAAGUCUUCAAAAGUAUAAAAGAACACAUACUGAAGGGAAACCCUGUAAAUGUAAUAAAUGUGGUGAAGCUUUUGCAUGUCAAAGUAGUCUUCAAAUGCAUAAAAGAACACAUAUUGGAGAGAAUCCCUAUGAAUGAAAUCAAUGUUUUAAAGCCUCUACACAGAUUACUUUCCACAUACAUAGAAGAACACAUACUGGUGAGAAAUCCUAUGAAUAUAAUCAGUGUGAUAAAGCCUUUGCAUAUAUCGGUAAUCUUUAAAAUCAUGAGAAAAAAAAUCAUACUGCAAAGAAACCCUAUAAAUGUGGUCAGUGAGGUAAAGUUUUACACUUUAAACAGGAAUAAAACUUUUUGCAUGUGAUCAAUCUGUCAAAGCCUUUGUGUAUUACAAUAGACUUUGACUACUUGUGAAAGAUAUUGAGGGCUUCUUAUUAUAAAGUAUUUGGUAAGAUCUUUAGUCAACACACUUAUGAUCUGUUACACAAGAGUAUUUAUUCUGUGGAAAAAAAUUGACAAUGUCAACAAUGUGUUCAAGCAUUAUUAUGUUUAUUUUUAUAUUGUUUGCACUAGCAAACCCAUGGGAAAACCAAAUUUAUGAGUCCCUAUCUAUAGGAUAAAAGGGCCAGCAAAAGAAACGAACCCUGACCCUGAAGCCAGAGCCAGUGAAAGACACACACUUUGGCCCUGAAACUGCAGCCAAAGAAGCACACCCUGACCCUGAAACCAGAGCCAAAGAAACACUCUACCCUUGACCAGCUGAGCACAAAACCAACCACUCCCUGUGUGACAAAUCAACCAAUCCCUGAGCAUGGAAUCCAGCCAAUCUCUGAGCUUGUUCAACCUCAGUGAUUGAAAUCUGACCAAUUCCCACCCUGAAAAUCUCUCUAAAAAAAACUCUACCCCUAAAAAGCCCUAUAUAAGCCCUUCGCCUGUUUAGUUAGCAGCUGCCCUUUUCCAUCCUGGUAAAGGGCAGCCACUCUUCUGGAUUCCUUUUUUUACAAAUAAAUCUCUUGAAUGAGUUUUGGGUGAAGACCUUUCACCGGAGCAAAUCACAAACUCAUUGGAUUGGAGCAGAGAAGCAACGAACACCUCUACUGGCAAACUCCUUUAAAGGAGCAGAGCAGAAGUAACAACUUUUUAUGGGAGACUGCUACAUUUUUGCAGCAGUUUCCUCUUACCUGAGGGAAACAUAGAAGUAACAAUUUGGGCUGGAGCUGAGAAGAAAGGGACAUCUCUGCUGGGAAAGUUCCUAGUGGAAUAGAGCAGAGAAGCCAUGGACAACUCUGCUUGGAAACUCCCUUAGGGGAGUGGAUCAGAGCAGCAAUGGACAUCUCUCCUGGAAAACUAUCUUAACAGAGUGGAGCAGAGCCCAGCUGUAAUGGCUCUCUUUUGUAGAGGAACAUCAUUGCUGCAUUCUACCUUUCCCCACUGGAACACAGCUUCAGGUGUAGCUUGACUUCCUGACAGUGAAGAUUCUUUUCUCCUCACAGCUGUAGUAUCCAGGAUACAUUCCCUUCACAGCUGUAGGUAUAGCCUGACUCCAAAAGUCAGUGUACCUUUCCUUUCAGAGCUAUCACACUUGCACUAUGAAUUUAAAUGAUAAUGAAACCCUUUAAGAUUUUAUUCUUGUAUUCAAUAACUAAGUCAGGUGUAAAACCUUAAGGGUUUGUAUUAGUUCAUUUUCUAUUGCUGUGGUAUAAUGUCUAGGUCAAAUUAUAAAAGAGUUUAAUUUGCCCUUUGGUUCUAGAGGGAUGGAUACAGCAUCACCAUGAAAGUGGCAUGGCAACAAGUGUCAGACAUGGCAGCUAAAGCAGAAAGCUAACAACUCACAUACUUAAUCCAUACCAUGAAGCAAAGAGUGGGAACCAGAAAUGAUGUGUGGAUGUAAAUUUUCAAAGCCUACCCCCAGUGACAUAUUUUAUCCAGUAGGGCAGCAUUUCCUAGAACUUCCCAAAUGAUACUACCAACUUAGAAAGAUUGAUUUCUCUGACUUCAAGCAUAUAUGCUUGCUUUCUGUUUCAUGAACAAAUUCAUGGUGAAGACAAACUCUAAGUAAGCCAUUAGAUGCCUCAAUACCUGUGUUACAGGUGUGUAUGCUUACAACAGAAAAAGUUCCAUGAGUCAAAAAUUGUUUGUUUAGAGAGUUGUUUUAUUUGUGAUGUCAGUGUGAGUAUGUGAAUAUGCAUGCUGAUUCCUGAAAACAUUCCACUUUUGAAUCUUCUUGGAGCAGGAAUUAUAGGAAUUUGUCAAAAAUCAGACUUUUUUCCUGUGAAUUGAUUAUUUUUUAAAAGCCCAGCCAUGUCUUUAUUGCUGUAAAUAUUUUAAAGCCUAUUUAUAUCAUUUUGAAGUCAGAAAAUAGGGACAAACUCAUAAGAGAAAAGCCCUAUCCAUGUAAAUGAUUUGGUAAAGACUUUAGACAUCACAGUUGUCUUCAGCUUCAAGAAAAAAUAUCAUGCUGCACUUAUUUUUCAUUGUAGCCCUGAAGAAAUUAAAUCACCAUGUUCACUCAACACAAAUGGUGGAGAUCACUGCAUUGUGUUUUCUAUUUUAAAACAUUUGAGAUAGAUACUAAAGUAUAUGUGUGGCAAAUCCAUUCAGUGAAGUUUAUCUUGUGGUCUUUAUAUUCCUUCUGUGAUUUUUGUUCAUCUUCUAUUGUGCUUUUACUUAGCAAUGUUUUUUUUUCCUGCUGUAAUAUGUAGAGUGGUAUUCCCAUCAUCUAAGUGGUCUAUUGUUUAUUUAAAUAUCAGGCAGUGUGUGAUCAAGUAAUGGUGUCUGUGAAAUGGUGGUAGGUUUUUGUUUCUGAUUUUGUUUUUUAUAUUUUCAAAAAUUCCCUUGAGAUUUUGUUGUUUGUUAUUCAACUUGAACUCAUGAUCCUCAUGUAUCCACCACCUGAGUACAAGUCCAAAGGUAGAUUAUGUACUGCCAAUGUGUGCUGUUUUGUUAACACAAAUUAAUGAUGUUAAUGUUAAAAUGCUUAAUGGAAGAGAAUAUAAUAAACAUUAACUAACUCAUGUGUA